AUGGGCACCUUUAAACUGCCACUGCUCAUCUAUUUCACCUACUACUUCCUCGUCCUCUACCUCGGCCCGCGCCUGAUGCGAAAUCGGCCACCCUUCAGCCUCAAAUGGGUCAUCAUUCCCUACAACCUAGUCAUGUCGCUCUUCAAUGCCUACUGCUUCUACCGAAUGCUGGUGGGCAGUCGAUUCGGAAAAGACCUUAUCAGCGUGCACGUUUCCUACCAGGACCCGCCUGAGGUGGCGGAGGAGAACAUCCGUCUGACUUAUCUGUACUGCAUCAGCAAGUACGUCGACAUGCUCGAUACGCUCUUCUUCAUUCUGCGGAAGAAGGCGGACCAAGUGACCGGUCUUCACGUGUACCACCACACCAGCAACUGUCGACCGAGACGCAGACGUCUACAGCACUCCAAUUGCCCACCUUCAAAGAAAGCAUUCCCCCUCAACAACAAAUCUCCUAAAACCAUGUCUUGCACCCGAAAGUACGACCUGAGCAACCGCGUUGCGAUUGUCACCGGCUCCAGCUCAGGCAUUGGGGCUGAGAUCGCCUACACCUUUGCCGUCAACGGCGCCCAGGUGGUCAUCACCGGUCGAAAUGCCGGGAACCUGGGCAAGGUGGCGAAGCGCAUCGAGGCCGCUGGUGGCUCUGCCCCACUGCAGGUCAUCGGCAGCCUCACCGACGAGGGUUUCCCAGCCCAGCUGAUCAAGGCGACCGUCGACAAGUUCGGCGGCUUUGACAUUCUGGUGAACUGCGCCGGCGGGGCCUCGCCCAACGGCGCCAUUGACAACCCGAACCUGCUGGCGGAGUACGACAAUGUGAUGAAUCUGAAUGUGCGCACGGUGGUGGAGAUGACCGUCUUGGCCAUUCCCUAUCUGGAGAAGAGCAAGGUGGGCGGAAAUGUGCUCAACAUCUCCUCCAUUGCCGGCAUGAAGGCGUCUCCCGGACUGCUCGCCUACAACACCAGCAAGGCGGCCGUUGAUAUGGUGACCAAAACUUGCGCUCUUGAGCUUGGACCGCGCGGCAUUCGCGUCAACUCUAUCAAUCCCGGCCCGGUGGCAAGCAACUUUGGCCAGUCGAUGAACAUGGACCCGGAGACGUUCAAGGAGUGGCAGAAGAAUGUCUUCCUCAAGAACUCGCUGAUAGGCAAGAUUGGCGCCGUGGAGGACAUUGCCAAUCUGGCUGCCUUCAUCGUCAGCGACGACGGCAAGAACCUCGUCGGUUCGCUGGUGGUCAGCGACACUGGCUUUAUGCUCAAGUCAUAA